CCGUUCACCUGCACUCGAGAUGCAUUUAAAGACCUCGUCCACCGAAGCCUACAGAGAAUUCAGCAUUUCUUUCAAUCUCUAUCCUGCAUCCCUAAGAAGAAGUCUUUAUCAGCAUCCACUAUGGGGAGCGUUCAACCACCGGUCAAGUCUGUCACUGCCAUUCCGCUGAAGUCUGGCUGGGACGAGGGAGCAUUUACCUCAGAGCUGCUGCAACAAUCGAUUGUACCACGAGAUAUCUCUGCUGCCGACACAGAUAGAAAGAUCACCCCUCCAAAAGAUGUCGGGAAGCCUCCUCCGCUCCAGGCUGGUACCUAUCGAGGAACCAAGCUGGCCUUGACUCAAAUAAUGAAGCGCAUUGAAACAAGAUUCGAAUCCUUCUUCGACGUAGCUGGAUUUGAGACCAGUGUCCCAUUGGGCCUCGCUGUCAAGCCAACGGAGCUCUACACCUUUCAGAAGCCAGGAAGUGACAACUAUCCACCGCAUCUGGACGUCAUUCCAAAAGUGGACCAGGUUAACUUGCUCAAGAUUUUUGACUUCAUGAGGCUUCUUGAUACCGGAACUCUCGUCGGUACCCUCAUUCCGGACACUAUCCUUGACUUCAUCCACGACCAUCCGGAGGGUGCCACAGUUGAUGCUAUUGAGGCCCGCAACAACGAGCUCCACAGUAACAAGGAAGAUGUUUUUGACGAGGAGAAUAUUGGCAAUCGUUCUGACUGGUGGACUGAUGCCGUAUUUGCUCAACAGCAAUUCGUGGGCACCAACCCAACCACCAUUCAACAGGCAUCGCCCGAAUGGCUCAAGGGCUUUACCGAUGCCGCCCAGUCAAACACCGAAAUCUAUAGUCUUCUGUCGAGUGGGAACCCCGAAUCCUUCUACGUCCAAGAUUGUAGUUACUUCCGAUCCGCUGUCGGGGCAGAGCAGCACGCAGACUUGAUUUCAAAUGACGGAAUGAGACGUUUGUGCGCUACUGUGACUCUCUUUCAACUCACAGACGCAGGCGUUUUUCAUCCACUGGCGAUAGUCGUUGACUACAAGGGCAGCCUUGCGGACUCUGUGGUCAUAUUCAACAGGCGAUCCACCCCGUCCGCCUCAGAGUCCAAAGACGACUGGCCAUGGCGGUAUGCAAAGACAUGCGCCCAGGUCUCUGACUGGCUGAGACACGAAGUCACGGUGCACCUGGUCAAUACCCAUCUGGUGGAAGAGGUCACCAUUGUUGCAGCUCAUCGCGCCUUUUCGACGGAUCACCCGGUGUAUCGCCUUCUUCAACCUCAUUGGUUCAAAACCUUGUCAGUCAAUGCGGCAGCUCGGGCUACCCUCGUUCCGAACAUUAUCGUCAAGAUAGUGGGUGUCACGGAUCCCCAGCUUUAUUCUUUCAUCAAGGAUGCGUACAAUCGCUUCGACUGGACCGGAAAAUACGUGCCAAACGAUCUCACGGCGAGAGGCUUCCCCCCUAGUGAACUGGCCAGUAACCCGAAGUUUCACAACUAUGCCUAUGCCCGGAACAUGAUUCUCAUGUGGCAGACGCUCCGCAAGUUCGUCUCGGCGGUUCUUGCUACUGACAUCCAAUCGGAUGAACAGGUGGAGAAAGACGAGCAGAUUGAUAAAUGGACAAAGGAGAUGCAGGGUGACGAUGGUGGCCAGUUGAAGUCCUUUCCCGCCAUCAAAACUUUUGAAGCCCUCGUCGACGCCGUCACAAUGUGCAUUCAUAUCGCUUCACCUCAACACACCGCCAUCAAUUAUCUUCAGAGUUACUACCAGACAUUCGUUAUCAGCAAGCCCUCGGCUCUAUUCUCAACGUUGCCAAAGAAUCUCGACGAUCUCAAGGCAUAUGAGGAGAAAGACUUGCUUGCCGCGUAUCCGAUCGAGCAUCCGCGUGAAUGGCUUCUGGCCUCCCACGUCCCCUAUCUCCUCAGCUACCGAGUGGCCGAGGAACAGAACAUGCUCAAUUUUGCCCUCUCUACGGCCAAGCUCGCUACGCUGAACAACCAGACCCAGCUUGCGACUGCAGCUGCACAGCUGUAUGCGGAUCUGAUGCAGUUGGCAGAUGUAUUCAAGAAGAACAGCAGAGACAUGGACGAUCAGACGAAGCCCUAUGAUGUGAUGGACCCAGAGGCGACAGCAGUUUCGAUCUUGUUGUGA